CGUCAAGCCAGGGCGAGUCCACAAUGCAGAGCGACUGAAAGAGCUGCGGAGAUCUCGGUGUAUGAAAACACAGCCAAUAACAUGGAGCAUAUCGGUGACUGAAACGCUUUCAGAUUCAACUUGAAGAAUUUACCAAACACAUAAACCGGGAGUGUGAAAGAGACUCUUAUAGGACGUGAAACAAGCUGGAGUCAAGAUGGCUGGUAGACAGCGCAGUCCACGCCACAGGCCAUGGUCCGUGUACCGAGCUAACACGUUUGAUCUGUCCUCUGAGAUGAUGGGGUUGGCACUUACAGGAAACAGUCAGGAUCCCGAUGAACCUGUUCUUGAGUUCAGUCUGGUAUGCAGUGAGCUGGUCACCCCAUCACUGGAUCGCAAGCCCAGUAGCUUUGUAGCCGUGAGCUGCACAACACCUCCGCAGGCAUUUUGGACCAAACACACACAGACUGAAAUUAUAGAGGGCACCAGUAAUCCGAUCUUCUUGAGCAGCAUUGCCUUCUUCCAGGACUCAUUAAUUACACAGCAGACCCAAAUUAAGCUGUCCGUCUAUGAUGUGAAAGACCGCUCGCAGGGGACUAUGUACCUGCUCGGUUCAGCUAUGUUUACAGUAAAGGAACUGCUUCAAGAUAAACACCACAAAUUACACAUCAUGCUGCGGUAUGAAAAUAUGAAACUACUAUCAGCAGAGAAUGAGGUGAUUGGAAACAUCACCAUCAUUGCAUGGAUGAUUGAGGAAAGGAAGGACCAGCGAGCUCCUCUGGCACGUUCAGACACAGUCAAUGGCAGGAUGGUGUUACCUGUUGAUGAAAGUCUGACCGAAUCCAUGGGAGUGAAAUCAAAAUCAGCCUCCUUGUGUAAAGACAGUCUUUUAAAGGCAGUAUUUGGAGGCACUAUUUCACGGAUGUACCGAUUACCCACCACGGACGGAAAUCACCUGCGUGUCCUGGAGCAGAUGGCGGAGAGCGUGCUUUCCCUGAACAUACCCAGACAAUUUGUAAAACUACUACUUGAGGAAGAUGCUGCCAGGGUGUGUGAGCUUGAAGAGCUGGGCGAGUUGUCACCCUGCUGGGAAAAUUUGCGGAGACAGAUCAUCGCACAGUAUCAAAACAUCAUUCUCACCUAUCAGGAGACUCUCAGUAAUUUACAUGAGUACAAGGGUCCUUCCUUCAAAUCAAGCACUCUAAAAGGAGAGAAAAAGCUGGAGUUUGUACCUACAAACCUCCAUGUUCAGAGGAUGAGAGUGCAGGGUAAGUCUGGCUAUGAUCGCACAUAUGAUGUGGUGACCACAGGAGCUCCUGCGGCCCAUCAUCAAGGCUUUAAGGGCAACGGACUGAAGAGACUUAUUCAGAAAUUUGAGGAUGCCAAAAAGCAUGCUUUUGAGGGUGAAGGUGCCAGUGAAUCAGUUUCACGUUCAAUGCGGUACCAGCCACAGGAUGUGCUGAAAGCUAAAGAAAUCAUUUCCCAUAUCAACACUCUCAAGACUCAGAUCAGCUACUACACAGAGCGACUCUCCCGUGCUGCCAAAGAACGCUCAACCAAUGCCCUGGAGAGGACUCUGGCUAUACUCACGGAGAAGACACGCCAGCUGGUGACGGUCUGUGACAGUAAACUGCUAACUACAGCUAUCCAAGCACUAAAUGCUGCACGGCCAGAGUUUAUCGCCUCCAGAGGUUCCCCCUCUGCCCAUGACAAUGAGCGUGUGGUCCUGAGGAAUGACCAGGGCUCUCCGCAGGCCAAGUGGAGUGGGAAGGCCAACAGAGCCUCCAUGAAUCUGACCUGGCAGGAGGAGGAAUGGGAAAAGGUUUGGCUCAACGUGGAUAAGAGUCUUGAGUGUGUGAUCCGCUGUGUGGACAGACUCCUGACGAGAGAGCGUUCACAGAGCGACAGCAGUGAGGACGUCUUCCUCUGUGACCAGCAGGCUGAUAGCGGCAAGAGAGGUAGCCGAGGCAAUGCAUUCUGGGUCAACCCUGGUGACGGGCUCUCCUCCCCUUCCUCAUCGCACCCUCUUUCAAAUCAAUCCUCUUCAUCAUUAUUUUUAUCAUCAUCACCUUUACUGACCCCUGCAUGUUCAUCCAGACACUCCUAUAGUCCCAGUGUAGAGGGAUCCUCUCCUGGUGAAUGGAGUGAAGCUCUGUAUCCACUCCUGACCACUCUGAAUGAGUGCGUAGCCAUGAUGAGCGACAAAGCCAAGAAGUCCAUGGUGUUUGUGCUGAUGCAGGACAGCGCACCUACUAUUGCCAUGAAUUUGGCGCUACAGUACCGAAGAGAUGUGGUUUUCUGCCAAACGCUGACCGCUUUGAUCUGUGGAUUUAUACUAAAACUGAGGAACUGUCUCAGUGACAACGGCUUCCUCAGGCAACUCCACACUAUCGGCUUACUGGCCCAGUUUGAGGGUCUGCUAAGCACAAAUGGGGAGGAGCUAGCCAUGUUGGAAGACAUGAGUGUCGGUGUCACGGACCUGCGAAACGUUACCUUUAAAGUUACCCAGGCAACCUCCAGCUUCAGCCCCGACAUGCUGCCGGUUAUCACGGGUAACCGGGAUGGGUUUAAUGUGCGCGUGCCCCUACCAGCGGUGAUGUUUGAUGUGUUGCCACGGGAAAUCCAAAAUGGGAUGCUGCUGCGGGUUCAACCUGUAUUAUUCAAUGUAGGAAUUAACGAGCAACAAACGCUAGCAGAAAAGUUUGGAGACACAUCGCUACAAGAGGUUGUGAAUGUGGAGAGUUUAGCUCGGCUUACAUCCUAUUAUGACCAGUUUAAGGAAGUGCUGCCUGAAGACUGUCUGCCCCGCUCUCGCAGUCAAAACUGUAUACCUGAGCUACUCAAAUUCCUCAGCCAGAACGUCAGCAUCAGGAAGAGCAAAAAUGUGGACAUCCUGUCGCAGGCAGCAGAGAUUUGUCGGCGUCUGAAUGGUGUGCGGGUGACCAGCUGUAAGAGUGCAAAGGAUCGUACGGCCAUGUCAGUGACCCUGGAGCAGUGCCAGAUCUUACAGCAUGAGCACUGUAUGGCUCCGCAGGUCUUCAACCAGGCACUGGACUGCAUGCGCAGUGAAGGCUGCAGAAGAGAAAACACAAUGAAAAAUGUUGGAAGUCGCAAAUACGCCUUCAACUCUCUACAGCUGAAGACGUUCCCCAAACAGUACAGACCACCAGAGGGAACCUACGGGAAAGUAGAAACUUGAUUUGAUAAGCAGUCAGCUGUUCUGGCCCACCGCAGCCGGCUACUAAAGCUGCAUGUUUCUCUGUAUCUUUAUUACCACAUAUCUGAAGGAACUUUAUAUUAUGCACAGUCAUGCUCUGUUUAUCAUGCAUAUGACAAUGUUAAACUCCAAGAUCUUAAUGUUCCCUGGCCUCCAACAUUUUAUAAUUUGUGGUUCUGGGAAAAAGGGAGAUUUGAUUGGUUGUUGCACUUGGGUCAGGUACAACUAUGAAGGAUGCUUAGUUAUUUAAUAUCCUAAAUUACUCAAUCCCAAAGCACUCAUUAAAUCAAGGUUUAGUUAACAUUUACAUUUAAAAUACCUUCUAAGGUUUGCUCUUGGUACAAAAUACAAAGGUCAGACAUAUCAGCACUAAAGCAAAGCUGUAGUUUAUCACUCUGUCGAGUAAUACUUCAGUAGGCUAUAGGUAACGUGUAAGUGUUGUGGUAGAGUAGACGACUUGUUUCCAAAGUCAGUUUUCACAUCUGUAAAGAAAGGUUAGGUUAAGAAAAUCCAUACAGUAUAUGCACAAAUUAUUAACACGAAAAAAUGUGUAUUACCACUCCAUUGAAAGUACACACAAUGCUGUUUGCCUUAAGAGAGUCCGCUGUUGCAAUCUCCCCCAAUGUCAUGAUAAACAUGAAGAUAUUUCUAAUCUGUGUAUGAUUAUUUGUGAUGUGGCAGAGUAUAUUUUAUUUAUUAACUCUCUUUACUUUGCUUUACUGUAGACCUUUACCCUGUUGACUGCAUAACACCUGUUUUGCAUUGUACAGGUUAUAUAGUUUAAGAAAAGCUUUCUCAUACUGUUGCCAAGCACAGCUAGUCUUUGUACAGUGAGUAUACAGUGUGAAUAAAUGUUAUUUAACUUUUUAUGGAGAUGUGUAAGGAGACACUAUACAUUGAUAUGUACAUUGAUUGUUUCUAUGUUUUCGUGUAGGAGUUGACAUGUGUAUAUAGGUUAUAAACGUCAGUACUGAUUUAUGGAGGAACACUGGUGAAACUGGUCUUUAAAUGUGAAGAAUAUUUCCUGCACCGUUUUGUUUUGGUAAUUCGUAAAGCAGAAUGAUACUCUUAGACUAUUUAUAUUAUUGGAAUAGAAACCAUGAUGUUCAUUCUGCAAUGAAGAACAUAAUGAUAAUAAUAAUAACAACUUUAUAGAGCCUCUGUAAACGACAUAAAAAUUGGCCUGAUGUCUCCACAAAAUGUGUAGGUUGUUUUAAUGUAUCAAUACAUGUAAACAGUCUUUCACGCUGCACAAAAUAAUGGUUUGUAGUUUCUAUGGCUGAAAUAGCUUACAAUGCAGCUGUGUCUUAGCCUCUGCUUGCAUGAUGCAGGACACAUUGUAAAAUACUGAUAAUAAUAAAAGAUUUAAUUAAUAGGCUCAGCAUGCAAGUGAUUGUUUUAUUUUAUUUAAGCAUUGACAUUUCCUUAUUUUUAGUUUACAUGUACAGAUUUGUGAAAUUUACAUUUGAUUACUGUUUUUAUUUUUUUUUACGUUUACAUGUAUGAUUUUUUUAUUACACUGUGUGUAAAAGCAGGCUGCUCUUGUUGAUCUUUCACUUUCCCUAUUUUUAUUAUUUUAGUUUUUUUCUUUGUAUAGUUUAAUUUUAAUGCUGUACAAAAUAUUCUCUCUUUUUUCUCCUAACACA